AUGAGUGACAACGAUACGGAUCUCACUGACGAGUGCCAGCGUACCAUACGACUCCUGGAGAUGCAGCGUCGCACGCACUACGACCUCGUCCAGGAAAACGGCCAGCGACGGUUGACGGCACCAGAAAUAGUGCAAGGCGACCGGCAACGAGGUAAGGGGGCGGAGGUGUUCCUGGGUCGUUUGCCGCGCGACUGCUACGAGGACGAGCUGAUGCCGUUGCUGGAGCAGGUGGGUCGUCUCCUGGAGCUGCGACUGAUGCUCGACUUUUCCGGGUCGACGCGCGGCUACGCGUUUGCGUUGUACGAGGAUCCGCGGAUCGCGCGGAUGGCGUGCGAGCUUCUCGACGGCCACGAGAUCCGGCCGGGUCAUCGCAUCGGCGUGGUCAAGUCCAUGGACAACUGUCGGCUCUUCUUCGGCGGCGUGCCCAAGACGAAGACCAAGCCCGAGUUCGUAGAGGAGCUGACCAAGAUACUGGACGGCAUCACGGACAUCUACGUUUACCCGAAUGCUCACGAUCGCAACCUAAAUCGUGGUUUCAUCUUCGUCGAAUUCAAAGAUCAUCGGGCAGCCGCGAUGGCCAGGCGCAAGCUUAUACCCGGCAAAGUGAUGUUGUGGGAUCAUGAGAUCGCGGUGGAUUGGGCGGAUCCGGAACCGGGAGAUCCGAUCGACGAGGACAUCAUGGAGACGGUGACUGCUCUGUUUGUAAGGAACCUCUCCAUUGAUAUGUCGCAGCAGAAAGUGAAAGACGUUCUCUACAAGCACACAAAUGUGCCUAUAUUGAAGCUAAAGAAGAUCAAUCACUUCGCUUUCGUUCACUAUGAGAAUCGCGAAGCCGCAAAGAUUGUAAUGGACAUAAUGGAAAAACCGAAUAGUAUCGUUGAGAAGCAGGGUUGGGAAAUCCGUUGGGCGAAACCUAUCGGAGCGUCCAAGAUCCUGGAAAGAGCACGAUACAUUCGUGAGGCGAUAACCAACUCGAAAGUCCAAAAAACCGAAAAGUCGAGUUCAAAAGAACGAAAGAAACGCUCCAAUACGUUCACAAAAGCACACGACGAUAACAGCGUGUACCUAGCACAGAUGAAGUCCCUGCAAAGCUUCGUCAAGGAGCGAUUCGAUGCAACGUGUACUUUUGAUUGCGUACAAAUACCGGAUACAUCUGAAUAUAUUGGCAAAAUAACCGUUCGUAAGGAUGAAUUUAUAAUAUUUGAAUUUCAAGGGGAACCAGUAGCAUCGAAACAUAAAGCCAUGAGCGAGGCAUCUAUUAAAGUGUACCAAUAUUUGACCGGUAUGCUCCCGAAUAAUGCGCCGCAGUUAUUCGAACAGCAUUAUAUUCAAUCAGGAAUGGACAUUAACCCUGUAAUUGGUACGCCGAUUGUUUGGCAUUCAGGAUUAGUUCAAAAUUAGAUUAGUCCCUAUUGCUUUGACAUUUGUUUCUGGCUUUACUUUUUAAUUGUUAUAUACC